AUGGACUCGAAAACAAGAAAUUGCUCAGUUGGUACCGGUGAUUUUGUUGGAAAUUAUUAUCAACUAACAGAACAUGCCAGCUGUGUACACCCAGGUGUUAGGCCAACAGAUGUAGAUCCUGAACACGAACUUGAGUGGAGAAGGUUGGAAGAAGAUAUGGUGCAACAAGACCUGCUCAGUAUGCAGUUGGAGUCGGAUCAUGCCGCUGAAGUCAUUGUUGGUAAGCCUGAUCUCCCUCUCCCGAUUUGGGAUUCUGAUUACGCGAUAUUUGUUGAUACUUUAGAAGCAAAUCUUGAAAAUGUUUUAUCUGAGUUUGAUUUGUCUUCAGGCGACAUCACUCGGAUUUGGCAUCUUUGGUAUAGCAUGCCGGAUAGUUCAUCUUCAGAUGAAUCAGACAGUGAUUCGUGA